UUACAGAAAUGUCCACCAAAUUCUCCAGAUUUAAGAGAGCUGCAGUGCUCCCAGUAUAACAACCGUGUUGUUGCUGGCCGAAAAGUAACAACUUGGGCCCCUAGCAGUGGAGGUCCUAACCCGUGCGAACUGCGCUGCGAGGCCAAGAAGGAGAAGCUGGUGUAUGGCUUCGGAAAGGUGUCCGAUGGCACCCCUUGCCCCCUCGGAGUAUGUCUGGACGGCAGGUGUUUGAAAGUCGGCUGCGACGAACGUCUGGGGUCAGAGGUGAAACUGGACAUGUGCGGCGUGUGUGGCGGCCAGAACGCAAGCUGUGUGCAUUACAAGGACGUUUAUCAGGGUCAACUCUCUCCUGACAGCGGUCAUCGAAAUGCUUAUCACGAGGUUGUGGUAAUUCCAACGGGAGCUCGAAAUCUUAUCAUAAGACAGCCGAUUGGAAAGAAUUAUUUAGCUUUACAGGAUCGUAAUAGAGGAAUCAUUUUCAACGGAGAACAGAUCAUCAGCAAACAUGGCAAUUACUAUGACAUCGCUGGCACUUCUGUAGAGUUUACGAUGUUAGACAAUUUGACGGAGACCCUUUCAUCCAGGGGACCGAUCACGCAGGAGCUAUAUGUUUUGGUAUUACUGAGGUCUCACAAUCCAGGCAUCUACUACGAAUACUGGCUUCCUGAGUUACCUCACAAUCCAGGACGACAACAUUAUCCGGUGCAACAAGCUGCAAAUACAAAUCUUCCGCCUGUUACUGUUGCCACACCCGUCAAAUCGCAGUCUUACACUGUACCAUAUUAUAAUUCCAAGCCGGUUUCGGAUUUCAAACCUCAUCAUCGUCCAACAAAGCCAGCUUAUGCAUACGGCUAUGGUGAAAAACCUUAUAAGAGUCAAGAUGCACCUAUUUUUAGGCAUAUUCCUACAACAACUGCAAAGCCUCGUUAUGAUUAUCCUCAGAAACCAAUAUACACUGCUCAGCAUCCUAACUAUAUUGCUGCCAGUAUAGAUGCAAAUAAAGAUAACAAAAUUUCAAGUAAAUAUCCUUAUCUUCGAGCGGAUCCAAUGCCUGCCUAUGUACCAAGGUACCUCGCUGUUAAGCCCGACGUUGGUUAUUAUCAAACCUAUCGCAAUUUCAGUCACAUCCAAGCUCCGAAGCUUCCAGAUAUCAACAAAGAAUAUCCAGUUCUAACUCAAGGUGAUUCAAGUAAUUCGGAUGGUAGAAAUCAAUAUCAAAAUAUGUUUCCCAAUGCUGUGCUUGAUGAUCAGAAAGUCGAGUUAUCCGUUCCCAAACCUGUGAAGUCGACUAUUGGUAAACGAGCCGAUAUGCCACCCAGGACCUAUAUUACGAACGGCCGGUUAAAAUAUUCUUUGGAUAAUAAAGAUGCUGAUGAAGUGUAUGUAAAUUCAUCAGGCAGCUUCACAACAGUACCUCUUUCCAUAGCAGUUUUGAAACUACCAGAUGGACCACGGAAUAAAUCCCGAAAAGGAAAAGCAAAAGAUGGUUGUCAGCCCUGUCAACGAAAUCGUGAUCAAACGAAGCAUUUCUGUCAAAGUGAUUUUGUUAUUCGAGCAUUGGUUAUCAGCUUCGAGUUUCUUCAAGGGGAAACAAGGUACGAAUUGGAAGUGAAGCAGUCGUUCAAAAAUACACUUUCUUUGCUUCCGAAAGAAUACGUAUGGUCGCCAGAUACUUGUCGAUGCCCGAAACUUCGUCCUGGUAAAGAAUACCUUAUCAUGGGAAGGUCCGACAAUAACUAUCGCAAAAGGGAAAGCAGACUGUUGGUAGACAAGACCUGCUUCGUUCGAACUUUCAAUCUCAAAUAUGCUAGACGGCUGCAAAAGCUAAGAAAGGAACAGUCCAAAAAGUGUUUGAAGGUAUCGUAGCAAGAACAUUUGGUCGUAAUGAUUUCGUUUUUUUCUGUGUACAUUUUGAAGUGUUUUUCUUUUCGUGUCGUGUAAAGUUUUGGCAGGCUUAUGGUCUGGCUACCAAAUUGAAAGUCGAUCAAUGAAAAGAACAAAACAAACAAGCAGGGCCGGCUAAGUCGAUGCAUGUUAGUUCUAAUGUUCUCCAAAGCUAAAAAGUAUGGCAAAUAUGAAUUUUGAUGUUGCUGUCCAUCGCAGAAGAUUAAAUUAAUUCCAAGAGAGACUGCUCUUUCAAUAUGACCGAUACUCUUCAGUGUCCAUUUAUUGCUUUAGAGUCUGUUGACGGGAUUUCGCAGUAUCAAAGAACAUUGAGUAUUUCCAUACUUUGCAGAUCUUUCUCGAGAGGCAUAAUGUUGUUUUAUGUAUGAUAAUGUAUUGUGAGUUUUAGACAGCACUGUGAAGUUAAACGUUUUGGAUGUAUCAAAAGAAGAUGAAGACAGAUAAAAUGAUGUAUGCUUUACAAAGAUGUUGUCUUAAAUAUUAUUGUCUAGCUUAGGAUAAAAAUAAUUUAAAACAAUUUCCCGUUAUUAAUUAAUUUUGAAGCUAGGGUUCAAUAAAAAAUGUGUCACUUCUUAACGAGAAUAGUAGAUAAUAUAAUGUACGUUAACAGUGUUAUACAUAUUACUGGUAAUGUAACUUUAAUAAUUCCAGUAGAAUGUUAACAUAAAUAUUCUAUAGAUAAAUGUCUUUAAGGAGUUUGGGAUAUUUAAAAUUUGUUAUGCAGUCACCGUUUCUUACUGGAUAAGCACACUGGAUGUAUAACAUAAUAUUUCUUUUGCUGUAGCAAAAUUUAAAAGAAAAUAUAUCUUUGUAUUUUCUACUUAAAUCAGCUACUUUUAAGCUGAGUGGUGUCAUAAAUUUCUUUGAGGAUUUUUAUAAAAUGUAUUUAUUAUUUUAUAUUACUUAAACUAUUUUUUAACAUUCCUAAAUUUCUCUGAGAUGCUGGAAAAGCUGUGAGCUGUUUUUUGCCCUUAAAACUAUCUUUGUAGAAAUUUAAAAUUUUAGUCACAGUUUUCUGCAUUCAAAAUUAAAAGAUAUUUGUAAUGAGAAAGUCAAAGUGUAUAAAUUUAAUUUAUAUACAUGUUAUAUAUCAAUAUAUCAUUCAGCAUGAAAUAUAUUUUAUUAAUAUUUAUGCAUUUGGCUAAAAAACAAUUAAUGAAUUUACAAUCCACUUAUUUUUUAGUAUUUUUUAGAUAUAAGUGGCAAUAAAUAGUAAAUAACAACGGAUAAGUUCGUAAGUUUAACAUGCAGAAAUAUCUUAGAUCUUAAACCUGCAAUUGUAUUCCUAGAAAAGAAUAUUGUAUAAAUUACUGAGAAUUUGUAGAAUACGUUUUUGUUUUGACCCAGAAUUUUCUCUUUAGUUUCUCUGUUUGAGAAAUCAAAUUUAUUUAAUUAGUGUAAAAUUGAACUUCUGAAUAUAAUUCUUGUUAAUAAAGAUACAGUUUAUUUUUAUUUAUUUAUUUCGUGAACAUUUUGAUUUUGAUUAUUUUGAUUUUCGUGAACAUCAAAUGAAAUAAAACAAAGUACACCAGUAAAA